AUGUGGUAUAAUCGCUUAAGUGAAUAUUUGUUGAGUAAAGAUUACGUCAACAAUGCGAUAUGCCCUUGCGUAUUCAUUAAGAAAUCCUCGUCAGGAUUUGUGAUUAUUGCUGUAUAUGUAGAUGACCUGAACAUGAUUGGAACUCAAAAGGAAAUUGAUGAUGCAAGAACUCAUAUGAAAGAAGAGUUUGAAAUGAAAGAUCUUGGAAAGACAAAGUUUUGUCUUGGGCUCCAGAUAGAGCAUUUCCAAGAUGGUAUAUUUGUGCAUCAGUCAAAUUACACUAAAAGAGUGUUAAAACGUUUUUAUAUGGACAAAGCGACUCCUUUGAGUACUCCAAUGGUUAAUAGAUCUCUUGAUGUUGAAAAGGAUCCAUUCCGUCCUUGUGAGGAUAACGAAGAAGUGUUAGGUCCUGAAGUACCUUACAUGAGCGCUAUUGGUGGACUUAUGUAUCUUGCAAAUUGCACUAGACCAGAUAUAGCUUUGCUACUAAUCUGCUUGCAAGAUAUAGUUCGUCCCCUACGCGCAGACAUUGGAAUGGAAUAA